UCACCCAUAGGGCUAUACUGUUACGCACCGUUCUGUGACCUCGGAUGAAAAGGUAUUUUCUAACUUGAAGCGGGAAAUAGGGAUCUUUAAACGUUACGUAGGGAUUAUUUUACAGACCAAUAUGACGACCUAAAUUUAACUUGUAAGUUGUUAGCAUAGGCACUCUUGAAACGGGAAGCAGACGGUGUUUGUUGAUGCUGUAUGUCAGAAAGGAAUUCCGGCGAUGGGGUCAAGUGCUAUAACAACAAUAGCUAUCGGACUUUGCCUAUUAGUAUCUGCCGUGUAUUUUUCACCUGAUUCAUCUCGAUCAUUUAGCAGUGUUCUUAGCAAUAUCGGAAUACCUGAACGUUAUUUAAUAAAUGCAUGGUCUUGGAUAGGUUUAACCGAAAAAAGUGGUCAACCUAAGGAGAGCAAAAGUUCAGACGGUGAUGAUAAUGCUAAACUCUUCACAGUCGAGGAACUGAAAACAUAUGAUGGAGGACCGGAUAGUGAUGGCUUAUAUCUUGCUAUAUUAGGUGAAGUAUUUGACGUGGAAAAAGGAGCUCAACAUUAUAGACCAGGGGGAGGAUACGCAUUUUUUACUGGUCGUGAUGCUAGUCGUGCUUACAUCACUGGAGAUUUUACUGAAAAUGGCUUGACUGAUGAUGUUAGUGGUCUAGAUGGUGCUUCGCUUGUUGGAAUAGAAGAUUGGCUAUCAUUUUAUAGAGAAGAAUAUAAACCUGUUGGUAAAUUGAUAGGGAGGUAUUAUGAUCAAAAUGGAAAUCCAACAAAGGAAUUGCUGAUAGUGAGAGAAAAGGUAGCUAAGCAUCAGAAAAAUAAGUGGUUAGAAGAUAAAGACAAAGAAAUGUUUCCUCCCUGCAAUUCAGAAUGGAGUAAAGAAAAAGGGAGCAGAGUGUGGUGCACUAAAAAAAGUGGAGGUGUUGAACGAAAUUGGGUUGGAGUUCCCAGAGAACUUCAUAUAAAAGGCAAGGAUCCUCGAUGUAUUUGUGUAAAGAACUAUGGCCCACCUUCUUCUUCAUCUGAUUCAAAAACCCAUGCUGAUCGUGGGGAUCUAGAUCAUCCAGAUUUAAAAGAAUAUCCAGGUUGUCCUUCAGCAUCAGAAUCAUGUUCUGUAAGCCAUCCAUAAAUAUUUUCUUGCAUUUUGUAAUGGAGUUAGAAUUAAAAUCCAAAAGUUGUCUGUGAUCAGUUCUUUGAGGUAAUAUUUAUUUCAUGAUAAAUGUUGUUUUGAUAAAAGUAGUGCAUGUUGAUGAUUUCUAUUUUAAAUCAUGACUUCUAUUUGUUAAAUAUCCCGAGUAAAAUGUGAAUGAGAAAGAAACUACAAAAUAUGAAAAUACAUUAUUUUCUACUUACUAUAGUGCAUUAAUAAAAUUAUUAAAAAGUUAUAUAGUUUUUAUUUCAGUUUCUGUAAAGAUAUUUUUAGUAUUAAAUAUUGUAAUCUUGAAAUUAUGGCUAAAAAGAAAAUUCUUUUCUAAUUCAUUUUAAUAAAUUUAAAAGUUAAGUUUGAAUUUUCUCUGGAUUUUUUGUGCAGUGUAUAACUUACUUGCAUUGCAGAUGGGAUUUGUAAUAAGAAAUUAUAAUAUUAGUGUAAACUUAUAUAGAAUUAUAUAGUGGCAGCUAAGUUUGUUUUCACAAUCCUGAAGUUUUAGAAAUUAGAUAAAUAUGAGAAAAAUCUGUUCUGCUUUCUGUUAUGCUUUAUAAAUCAGUUUUGUAUUCUUUGCUACAUACUUUUCAUUCUUUUGCUACAUACUUUUCAUUAACAUAGAAAUUUGCUGAGAUUGCUGAAUUAUCUGUUAUAACAGCACUUGUUUAAUAUUUUCAUAUGAAAAAUUAUAUUUUCGUGAAUGCAAUGUAAAUAAGAAAAUGUUUUUUCCUGUUCUGAAUAUAGAUUAGUAAAUUUUGAGAUACAUUUUUCCAUUUUAAUACUUUUGUGAAGGGAGUAUUUUAUAGAAAAUUUUAAAGCCAUUUUAUUCUAGAUCAGUAUGUUGUGCACUUGUUUAAAGAUUUUGUUAAUAUAUUUUGAAUUUUAGAUGUAUUAUAAUGUUGUGAUAUAUAUAUGGAUAGAUUUAGAUAUUCAUGCCAAUUGAUGUAUGUAGUUAUGCUGAAAACAGAGUUUUUGUGCAGAAUUAUUUAUUUUCUUGCUACACCACAAUUAAUCUAUAUGAUAGAAAUUCACUUUUUACCUGUUGAUUAUUUUUAAUUAUAUUCUUACUUGAAAUGUCAAAUACAAGACUAAAUUCUGCAGUAAUGCUUUUAAAUUAGAGUUUCAGUUAUUUUCUUAAAAAUGAUAGUAAUUUUGAUAAAUAUUAUAUUUACUAUAGAAAGAGAAAUGAGAAUGAUUUAAUUUGGUUUAUAAAUGAAAAGUCUCAUCUACUCACACUAUGUCAAAAAGUUGUGUAAUUUUUCUGUAAAUUUGAAUAAUGGCUAUAAGUGAUUUUGUUUCUUUAAUUCUGCAUCUCUUUUAAAUUGAUUUGAUAUUUUAUUUUAAAAUCUAUUGUGAUAUAUUUAAAGAACUACUAUGUCUAUAAUUGUUAAGCUGAAACUUGACACAGGUACAAAGUAUUAUUAAAUAUGAAUGUCUCAAGUUGAGUAUAGAAAUCUUUUUCAGCUUAAUUCAGGCUGUUGUAUGCAAUUAAUUCUAUUGUUUAAUUUGGUUUAUAAAUGAGCAUCUCAGUUACCUAAACUAUUCCAAAAAUUUAUAGGCAUUUUUUAGUAUAAUUUAAUAAUGGCUAUAUAUGAAAUAUUAGCAAAGCAAGGACCUUGUGUAAGGAGUAGAUUUAGUCAGGAACUCAAUCAUUCUCAAGGGCAAACAGGUACAGGUCCUCUUCAUCAGGAGCAAAGAAAAUUUUUGCUCCUGAUGAAGAGGGACCUAAAAUGACUGUAAAUGUUUUUCAAGUUAUCCUUACAUACAAAAACAAUGUGCACUUGUUUAUUAGCCUGGUGAAAAAUAAUUUUAAGAGCUGAAAUGGAAUAAAUUGAUAAAUAAUGCACCAUGCUUAAACAUAAUAAAAAAUAAGAGUGCCAUAUUUGGUCAGCAGCUGCUUUCAGGGUCUGAGAAACUGUACUUGGUUGAUUUUAGAAUGUUGAAAUCCAACUAUUUGUAACUCCAUAAUGCAGAUUUUCAAGACUAUGAAUGUAUUAGAGAUCCUUCAUAUGAAUAAUUUGGUACUUGAAGAAGAAAGCAUUUGUUAGUGGCAGAAUACUGAAUAUCUAUUGCUACAUAAGAACAUAAGUAACUAACAUUUUACAUUUAGUAAACUAACUUUUGUCUACUUUGACAAUCAAAUUAGGACCACCUCUUUUUUUUUAACACCUCAGAGACGUGUUAGGCAAACAAUAAAAUCUUGACCAUUGCAAAUAAAGUUCAGAAAUAUUUGAGCACAUUUUUUUCAGAAUAAUAAAUAAUAUGUAGUAUCCUUUUAUGUACUUUCAGUAUGAUAAAAUAUCUUGAUCCUCAGUGUAUGAAAGUAAGUUAUUUAGUAAGCUAUUUUAUCUGAACUCCUUAAUUUGGAAAUUACAAUCUUACACUGUAAGUGUGAUAAAUAAAAUGUAUUUCUAGUAA